UUUGCUAUAAGUUAUAACAUUAAUAAGGAGCGAUAUAUUUUUCUUUGAGAAACCAGAAAGGGGAGACAAAAAUGUAUGUGACAAGACCCCUGUCUAUGUAUAUAAGAGAUCCAUCAGCUCUUUCAUUACCACCACCUGAUGGUCCAAAUUCUGGUGUACUAGUAAUCCAAGAUGAAGAAGACGUAUCCACUUGCUGUUUUGGAUUGUGCAAGAGCAAUCUAGUAGCCAACCUGCCUUUCCCGCAGAAUAUGAACUUAAGAGUUCAGUUUACUAAACAAGCUGGAGAACAUCGACAUGUUUCUAUAAACCGAGUCGUCUUCAUCCCUGUUAUGAAUCAGCCACUAUCUUCUAACCAAUACUACUGCAUAGAGCGCAAAGGAAGGAAUACAGGGGAAGCUUACAAGAACUCGAAGGAGGAGGACAAGACAACAUGCUGCUUUUUCUUUACCUGUAUUAUUGAUUUGAAACCACAACCUUUGGAUCCUCAGGAUAUAUAUCAGCAAUUCGAGAUUACACGUAGAGACUGGGGUGGCUUUGUAGCCAAGUCUGUAGCUCCAGAUGGGUUCCCUCCCCAUUUCCUUAGAAGAAAAGGAUGGCGAGUUUAUACCUCAAGUCCACGCGAAUUCGAGUUGAAUGAAGCAUCAGGCCUUGACAAGACCAUCCGUGCCUGCCUUCCAGACUUCAGCUUUCCAUUAUCAGAAGGAAGUUCUCCGCCAGUUAUAGUAGGGAAGUGGUACUGUCCUUUCAUGUUUAUCAAAGAUGGAGCACUUAAAGAUCAGAUGGAUAGGUCAAGAUUCCACGAAAUGACACUUGAGCAAAAAUGGGAACGAAUUUUCACCUGCGAAAACAACCAUAAAACAGGUAAUGCUGUGGCUGUGGAUCUUGUUGUUGAAACUGAAGCAGUUGCAGUAGGUGGGGAAGAAAUCUUGCAUGACGAGAAGAAAGUUGUUGAUGGGGUGGUGUGGUUUAGGGGACUUGAUAUUGUUGGAGGAGAAGCUAGUGUGGGUUUAAGUUUAGCAAUUGUCGAGAGAAUGAAAUGGGAGCAGGUAAGAUUUGGUUGGAUUGAUGGGUAUGAAAGAAAAGUGAGAGUGACAAAAUUAGAGGAAUUUGGAGGCAUUGGUGAGUGGAAGAAAUUUGGUUGCUAUGUUUUAAUUGAGAGAUUUGUAUUGAAAAGAAUGGAUGGAAGUUUGGUGCUGACCUGUGAAUUUAGGCACACUCAGCAUAUUAGGACCAAAUGGGAAUAAGCAUAAAAACUUUCCUUUUUUUUCUUUUUUUCUUAAGACCAAAAUUUCCUUUAAUUUUAAAUUUGAGAAGACCUGAU